CACUGUAGCUUAAUACCGUCAACUCACUACUGUUUACCAGCGGCUUACCCACAAUGCACCCGGGCCCACCAGGAAGUGUUCAAUGUCAGAUGGCGCGCCGCUACGCGUGUGUAGCAGCAGAUAGAUGAUACAUGUCUCCCUCACAAGUGUAUAUACAAACUAGUCCAAAUGCACGCGUUAGUGAGACUAUAAACUGACAGCUCCCAAAUUAGCAAUCACUUUAAAUCAAGCUGUCAAUGAGGAGCGAUCAGAGCUGGUAGGAGCCCGAAGCUUCCCCGGGGCAUAAUGGAGAGAUUGCUCUCGGAAGAUUUGUAUCGAGAUCCCCAUCGACUUUCCCUAUGCGGAAAGAUAACCUUAUUUGACUGCAAACGAGCUUCAGCCACAAAUGACAGCGAAAGAAGUGAGUUAAUAUUCCGCAGCCUUUCAUUUGAACGGGAGGUCAACGCGUUUCUGCAGGCGGCUGAUGGAGCAGCUGUCAUCAGCAGGAAAAGAUCAGCGCAUGUGGAUAUUGUGAAAUGUAAAUGUGCAAUGCAUGUUCAGAAGAGAGUCACCACGCCGUGUGUUUUAGUGGCAAAGAAGAGUGAGAGGGAGAGCUUCCAGUAUAGUCUUCUCACAUUGAGCAGCUCAAACCGGCUGGAGUCCUGCAUUGAGUUUAAACUACCUUAUCAGAUGAUGGAGAGUGUGUCCAUCCUCCAGGGCCCCACAGUGGUUUGGAGACAUGCUGGUAAUGUCUACCAUGCAUCUCUGCAGACUGGAGAGGUGAGACAGAUACCCGUGCAGUUGUCCCACUGUGUUAUUGGAGAACUCCCACUCCACAAAGAACAGGUAUUUGUUCUUGGACUGCAAAAUGUUCAAGACCAGUCCUCCAAUACUCAGCCCACUAGUCAAUCCAUGGGCUAUAUGGUUGAAAGUGGACAAGUGUUCGAUGGCACUAUGAUUUUGCCACAUCCCUACGUUUGCAUCACACAAUGCAUCUUGGUGCUUUCAGCUGAAAAGGUGCAGGAUUUGCUGAAGUCUGUUGUGGUCGCAGCAACUUCUAAUCAGCAACUUGUUUUUUUUGAGAAUGGCAUUGUGAAAGAAGUAUGUCAGCUCCCCUUUGAACAACCUGAACAUAUUCAGGUUGUCAACACAGGAAGAAAUGGCUGCCUGUUUGUUAUAUCUUUUCACCAGGGGCAUGUGUGUGCCGUGUGGAAGGAUACAUUUCAGAUAGCCUCCCACUGGUCAAGUGUCAGCUCUGUCCAUGUGGACGACUUCCUGGGAUGUGGAACCGACCAAAUGAUGUUGGUUUUUAAGGAUAAUGGCAUAACAGGACAACCUUUGGAAACAUUUCUCCUCACUGACCUCUGCGGCAUUUCAUAUUCUCGUGGGCAUGACAAUAGAGCACCAACGACACUGCCUCCUCCAGCAGAGAACGAUCUCCUUACCCUUCGAGCUUUAGAGUCCAGACUACAGAGUGGAUUGACCGUGCUCCAGGAGCUUCAAAGAGAGAUGAGAGUGAAGGGAAGAGUUUUGCAGCAGUCGGUCCAAGCCCUUACUAAUGCAGUCUCAGAAAGAGAGACUGUUCUCCCCCAGCAUGAGCAGGAAGGCCUCAUUGCUCUGUGGGACUGUGAUGAUGAUGAUGAUGAUGAUGAUGAUGAUGAUAAUGAUCAUGAUGAUGAGUCAAAGGAUGAAAAGAUGCAAGACAUGCCAGCAGUGUCUUCAAAACCUAGAGUUGACAAGCUGUGGCAUCGCAUCACCGAGGAACGAAUGGUUGUGGGAGUGAUACUAACUACUGACGGCUCAGUACCACUGGCCAGUGUGAGCUUAUCCAUCCUGACAGAGACAGGUCGGAGCUCAACGCCUGUAGUCCUCCAGGCCCAGAGCCAAGUGUUCAGGCUCCCCGCGCCCUGCUCCUCAUCAUCAUCAUCCUCCUCCUCCUCCUCCUCCUCCCUCUCCUCUGCCUACACAUUCUCAGAGCCUGCAGCCAAAAGAAGCAAGCAGCACAAUGCCGGUAGACCCAAUGAUCUCAACACGUGCAGACUGGCUGUGACUGCUGUGGCCAGGCUGACACCUCUGUUGAACUCUGGCUGUGUCAAGUGCCAUGUCAUGCUCCAUUACGUCCAGAGACGAGAUGCUUUUGCUUUCGUUGUGAGCAACCCAACACCGGUUGUUCUGCAUUGUGGUCAAGUUGCGUCAGACAUCCAGAGUAAUUUCCAAACCCGACUGUUGAAAAAACCCGAACUCAAAACAGAUGACGCCGAAGAGGACUUGCUGAGCCUGAUGGCGCUGCUGGAUCGCUGGGUCUUCCACAUAGACUCUCCUGAUCACAGCUUAGGUGAUAUAGAUGGCUGGAUUCACAAAAGAGCGGGUUGUAGGAGGAUAGAAGUGAGCCCUCAGUAUCUACUGUUAAAUUCUUCAGAACCAUCUGCUCUCAUGCUGCUGCACUGGCAUCAGAUAACCCCUUUCCAAGGGGAACUGACUGUCCACUCCAGCCAGUUACAGCUGCUCCAGCUCCUGGACUCUCUCAUGGCUUACCUCCCUACGUCCUGCUCCAUCCAGUCUGUCAGAGGUACGAGAGGAGAGGCUGCAGCUCAAAUAUUGUCUUUGGCCCUGGAGAAAGAGUUGGUGUCAAGCAGAGAGUGUUUGUCAUUGCUACUUUGUGAAGAAGAAGAAGAAAGAAGAAAGAGGAAGACCCUUGGACACGAGGAGACCCCUGAGCCAAGUUCUGUUAAGGGGCUCCAGAGGUGUAGGGAAGUGUUCCAGCGGGACGUGGAGAGGAGUAGGACGAGGUUGAGCCCCCUGGUGGAUGUGGGGAGGUAUCGUAGGUUAACCCAAAACAUGUCCAAAGUCCAACUCGAUGGGGAUUUGGCAGCUCUCUUAGACACUCAGAGAACUUUGGUCAGCUAAUAUACUGCAGACGUGGUUUUCGUGGAAAUCACAAGCAUUAAUGGGGGUGGGGUAAACCCAAUCUUAAAUGGUGCAUUGUGUAAUGACUAAAAAGAGUUUGUCAUGUAUGUUUUUCACAUUUCACCUGGACUGGGAGCUCUCUGUGUGUCUGCUCCCUCAGACUCCUGGUGUUUAUAUCUGUCUGCUGCUGUGUAUAGACUUUCCACUGGAUCACCUCCAGCCUUAAUCUGAUACUGAUGUGAUACUGCUCUCUGCUCAGCUUAUUUGUCUGUUCAUGUCCCUUAAGACCCUCUGUGUUCAAGAAUGCUCUUCAAUGUCUGCUGCUGCUGCUGCUGUUGUGUGCUAUUCAUUAAAAGACAGAGACCACUUUCA